CCUUAGGUCGCUCAGAGGGUAAAGCAUCUGCCUGCAAUGCGGGAGACCCAUGUUCUAGCCCUGGGUUGGGAAGAUGCCCUGGAGAAGGAAAUGGCAACCCACUCCAGUACGCUUGCCUGGAAAAUUACAUGGACCGAGGAGUCCAUGGGAUCGCAGAGAGUCGAACACGACUCAGCGACUUCACUUUUACUUUUUUACCUUCCUUAUGGAAGGCGAAAGGUGUCCUCCCACACCUUCUCCUUGCGUUUUUUUUUUUUUUUUUUGGUUGGUGUUGUUUUUUACUUUUUUUGGUCUUAACAUUACCCAGAGGCCUAUAUCUUAUUCUCAAACGGUCUGGAGAACUAUUCUAAUGGAAUGUAGUUGUUUUUCUCAGGGAGGAUGGAUGGAGAGAUACAAUCCCGCUCUCACAGUCGCUUUUUAAGGCGUUCACCAGAAGAGCUUCAAGAGGGAGGCUUAAAGAGACAGCAUUUUAGAAAAAAAUGCCGCUAUGAAGACAUAAUUAUAACUUUCGCAUAAAUGAAGUCACAACCAUCAUGAUUUAGUGCUGCCCAAAGGAAGAAAUUCAGUGGAAAAGAGAGUAUUUCUGGGGAUAGUAGAAUGUGUGUGACCUGAAUUUAAACUUGAGCUACUGCCUGAAGUACUUCUCCAUACUAAACAUACUGCAUAAAGGAAAAUUUUGAGCUUUGAAUUCCCAGAAGACAGUAGGAAAGAAAUUACCUUUCUUCCAUUUGGAAAAUUCCAGUCUGGUCAAAGUUCUGAACUACUAAACAACAGAAUAAAAUGGAAUUGAAUAUGAUAUCAGCAUGGAACAAUCUGUUGAUUCAUUAAAAGUCAACCAUAAUGAUUCUGAAGAGUCAGAAACAGAUUCUCAGCCUCUAACCUAUAUGGACCCCAGUGAGCCUUCUUUUCGACAAGAUGGUUCGCCUGGAGUUUUACCCGUUACUACUCCUGAAGAGGACAGUUCACUCUCAUCUCAGAAUAUACCAGGGCCCCUGACUCAGACACAGACCCUCUCUGCAGAGCAAUUCCAUCUAGUGGACCAAAAUGGGCAACCUAUUCAAUAUGAGCUUCAGUCAUUGGGGGAUUCUAACGCACAAAUGAUGAUUGUUGCCAGCCCAUCAGAAAAUGGACAGGUGCUGCGUGUAAUUCCAUCUCCCCAGGCAGGAAUGACACAAGUGAUUAUACCUCAGGGACCACUUAUGGAUGAGAAUAGUCCUCAAGAUGUCUCUGAAGAGAAACCCAGUGACAGAGACUUACCAGCUGUGAGAGUGGAUGCUCUAGCAGACAGUAACAGUAGUUACAUUCUUCAUCCACAGGCAUCCCUCACGUUGCCCAAAAAGACAGUGACCAGGAUACUCGAAGAACCUCUUUUGGCUCCACUCCAGCCACUUUCUUCUAACACACCUAUAUGGGCCUGCCGUCUUAGGAGCUGUGAGAAAAUUGGAGAUUCAUACCGUGGCUACUGUGUAAGUGAGACUGAAUUGGAAAGCAUCCUAACAUUUCACAAGCAGCAAACACAGAGUGUUUGGGGGACACGCCAGUCUCCAAGCCCAGCCAAGCCAGCUACUCGCUUGAUGUGGAAAUCCCAGUAUGUCCCAUAUGAUGGAAUCCCAUUUGUCAAUGCAGGGAGCAGAGCUGUAGUAAUGGAGUGUCAGUAUGGGCCAAGGAGAAAAGGUUUCCAGUUAAAAAAAAUUGGUGAGCUGGAAAAUAGGUCUUGUCAGCUCUACAAAGCCACUUGUCCAGCCCGGAUUUACAUUAAGAAAGUACAGAAAUUUCCUGACUAUAGAGUUCCUACAGACCCCAAAAUUGACAGGAAGAUAAUCCGAAUGGAGCAGGAGAAAGCCUUUAACUUGCUGAAGAAGAACUUGGUGGAUGCUGGUGGUGUUCUUAGGUGGUAUGUACAGUUACCUACGCAACAAGCUCAUCAGUAUCAUGAAUUAGAGACUCCCUGCCUCCCUUUAUCAUCUUCCUCCUUUCCUAUAUCUUCUCUUGAAGAAGAAGAAACUGCAAUUAGAGAUGAGAAUUGUACAUUGCCUUCACGUCUACAUCCUCAAGUAGCACAUAAAAUUCAAGAAUUAGUAUCACAGGGAAUAGAACAAGUAUAUGCAGUUAGGAAACAGCUAAGAAAAUUUGUGGAAAGGGAACUCUUCAAACCUGAUGAAGUACCUGAAAGACAUAAUUUAUCCUUUUUUCCAACUGUAAAUGAUAUAAGAAAUCACAUUCAUGAGGUACAGAAAUCCUUGAGAAAUGGAGAUAAUAUAUAUAACUCAGAGAUUAUUCCAGCAACGCUUCAAUGGACUACAGAUAGUGGGAAUAUUCUCAGAGAGACUGUGACAGUUACACUUGCAGAAGGUAAUUCACAAGGAGAAUCAGUUUCCAGCAAAGUGGAAACAAGUCAGACAAGGAAUUCUUUGUCUCCUGAACCAGCCCACUUGCUCUCCUCCCUUUCUUCAUUUCAGCCAAAAAUAUUCACACACCUGCAGGGUUUGCAGUUACAACCAAGAUUCACUUCUGAUGGAUCACCAGCUCUAAUAUCAGUAAAUAACCACCCCUCCUCCAGUCCUUCAAGACUUCUGGAUUCAGUAGGAAGUGCUGUAAUGAAUAAUAAUUCUCUACUGCUUGGUCAGACUCAUUGCCUUCAAACAGAUACACCUCUAACCCCAAACAGUAGUAUUUCUUCUACCAUGAGUAACCUUCCAGGACCAGAUCAAAAUCUGGUUGCAGUGGAUCAGCUGGUAGAAGUUGAAGAUGUUGAAGAUACAGAGACUCUGGAAGGAAAUGUUCAUCGGAUUCUAUUGGGAAAUGUGCAGACCAUACCAAUACAGAUUAUAGACAGCCCGCCAGUUCUUAUUGAAGAAAAUUCAGAAGGUACCAUUUCUGUGAACCAAGUUAAGCAAGAACCCAAAGAACCAGCAUUGUCUCUGGAAGCAAAACCAAAUUUGGACUGUAGGAACUGGAACUAUCAAUAUUUUCAUGUAAGUAUUUUAAUGAGUAGCUCUUUAAAAAUGCUUUCUAAAUUAGUUUUUAGAAAUUCAUUUGUCCUCUAAAUGCAUGUUCAGUUACAGUGUAUCAGUAUUUUAUUUUAAAGGUGCUUAGCAUUAUUUUUUACGAAGUAUGUUUACAUAUUUUCAAUAUUCAGUUAAUUUUUAAAUUAUUAAACACAGCACAUAGAGUUUUUAGUAUCUGUAUUUGGCAUUCUCCUAACAGCUCUACAGCAAAGUUUGAUAUAUGUUCUUUUGUGUCAUGUAUUACAAGGUGUCAUAUCUGUAGUAGAAAGUUUGGUGUUCAAAAUAAGCAGUCAGAAUUCAUUAUUACAGCUGAGCUUGUUUCUUCAUUGUGGUUAUCAUGUUCCAAGCCUCCAAGGGAACAUUAUAUAUGCUACAGUGAAUUAUAGAUAAACACAGCCAUGGUGGGUUUUUCCCUCAAUUUUCUAUGUAAGUGGUUAACAUACUUAAAAAGCUUUUAUGUCUUAUACAAGGUAAAUGUUUCCUAAAAGUCACGAAAGUAAUAGAAAAUAGACUUGAUGAUAUGGUCCUGCAUUAGAGUUUCUAAUCUUGAGGCCUAGCCAUAUGUGUUCCAUCUUUAUAUCCUGUCAAAAUACAUACUUAAUCAUGUGAAUAUGAGAAAGAUGCAGUUUAAUUUUAUACCAGGUUUUUUAAAAAGUUAAAAAUGUGUGUAUAUAUAUGUGUGUGUGUGUGUGUGUAUAUAUAUAUAUAGUAACUUAAUGUUUAGUGUCCUUGUUAUAAUGUAAUUUUUUUCAUUAAAAAAUCUUGUGUUAUUUUUUUCUUACA